GAAGAACGCUUCAUUUACGCAGAAUCUCUUUACAGUUGAUGGUAUUGGGGAUGGUCAGGGAGAGAAUGAGAAAUUUUACAGCUGGGAGCCAAAGUGGCGGAACUUCUAGGCACUUUUGAAUGCUAUAAUUCAUGUGAUUUGACUUGCUUGCAUCCCUUAUUGUCAAUUGCGUGUCUAAAAGCUGCAAUUAUCAUCAUUCAGUAUUGUUAAUUAUUCUCCACGAUUGAAGAAAGCACGUCAGUUGUCGUUUGAACCAUGAAGCUUGCAGAAGUGUCGCAGAAAGCUUACCGUAUCAAGCUCCUGAUGGAGUACUGCCGGAAGUCCUCAGUCCAUGGGGUAACUUACUGGUCGGAUCCGCAUCGUCCAUAUUGGGAGAGGUUCCUCUGGAUGAUCCUGAUUUUGGUGUCACUGGUUAUGAGUGGUAGGAUGAUUCGUUGUUCGUGGGAAAAGUGGUCAGGUCACGCAUUAGCCUUCACCUUGGGCAGUCACGCAAUACACAUCUCGGAGAUACCCUUUCCAGCCUUCACAGUUUGUUCAAUGGCACGGUUCCGGAAUGAUUUAGUCAAUUACACUGAGGCCAUAACAGAAUACCGCACCAAAGGGAUUAUGCCCAGUGACUUGGAGGACUUUGACGGUGUAUCCCAGACCUGUGCUAACAGUCCACCUGCGGAAAUGUUUCCCAAAAUCAAUUCUAAAAAUAUCUAUGAGACCUUGAGAAGGAACCAACUGGAUCCUGAAGCCAUGUUUGCUAUCUGUAAUUUCGUGCUGGAAAAUAACUCUUGUAGCAGCUACUACCAAGAAGUCUUCACAAGACAUGGAAGAUGCUACACCUUCAAUGGCCUCAAUCGACAUCAGAUCUUUCGUCCAGGCAGCAUAGUACCAGAUGACUUUGAGUCAUCCACCACGCCUAGCAACUGGACUGUGUCCAGGGGAUACUUGGGAUUGCAUGAGAUCUACCCUUUGAGAGCGUUUCAGGUGAUGCCCUUCUACGGCUUCACCCUGAGAAUGCGAUUCAACGUAACUGACGGAGAUAUGCUGUGCUUUCCCAUGGGAAUUGGGGCCAUAGUCCAGUUACAUGAGCCCUCUGAGGCACCGUUCAUGGUUGAGCGUUAUCGAGCCAUUACCCUUGAGCACUACGGAAGAGUCGUGGUGCGUCCAGAAAUGAUUACCACAGCACCUGAACUGGCUCGGUACAGUCCGCAUGAGAGACUCUGCUUCUUCCCGGGCGAAAAGUAUCUACAGCACUUUUCCAUCUACAAUUCCAGGAAUUGCAGGGUUGAGUGUAUUGCUAACUUGACCCUGGAGAAAUGUGGAUGCGUCUUUUUUCACAUGCCACAUAACGAAAGUGUUAAGAUCUGUGGUAGGGGCUCUGUACCCUGCUACCAAAUGGUUCUACGGAAUUUGGAUAGGGCAAUACUAAGGAAUGCCGGAGUUGAGAAUCUUUCGUCCUGCGACUGCCUUCCCAGCUGCACCUCUAUCAACUACAAGUUUGACCUGAUACAGCACAAGAUGUUCCUUUGGGAGAAGAAUCGUUCUCAAGUCAAUGAAGUCCUCAUUAGGAUCUACUUCCAACGGAACACCUUUAUACCUUUUCAGCGUUCAGAGCUGUAUGGAUUGACUGAGUUUCUGGCCAGUUGCGGAGGUAUCCUGGGAUUGUUUAUGGGAGUCUCUGUGCUAAGCCUGGCUGAGCUUUUCUAUUUUUUUCCCAUCCGGUACCUCUGGAAUCGAUCUCUGGAGAAGUCAAUGGCAGGGCAGAAGGUAAGGCCAAAUGUGGAGUACCCAAGAAUGAUUGCUGUAUCACCAAAGACUCAUGUGAAGAUAUUCGUUAGGCCACGAUUUUGAAUUUGAAAAAAGCUUUUGGAAAACCUGUUAAAUGUCUCUUGAGGAAAAAUAACUCAAUGUGUUUGGUUAUGCAUGUUUGCUUUUUCACAGCUCAAUAAAUAAAUUUUGUGUGAAAAA